CUGGAGCUGUGACGUAGCACGUUCAGCCGACGUGCUUCGGGGAAACAUGUCGGCGUCCCACACAACGACAAAGGAUGACUCAAAAAAUGUUGAUACAGAAACAUCCAACAAGCCAAUAGCAAAACCAAGUCAAGUAAGCCAAGACGAUGAAGACCUCCCCACGCCUGAUGAUGCUGAGAAAGCGAUGCCCACUGAGGCGGUGCAGUCACCGCUGUCAUGCCAGCAAACACAGAGUGAGGGUGGCAGUGUUGCAGAGGAUGAAGAUACUCUGAUCCAUGCACCAUCAAAUAAACCUGCAGCAGGACACGAAGCCAAGUCUCCUACCUCUGCCUCUUCAUCACUGGCGUCCUCCGCACCUUUAACGUUGUCCCCUGGCCGAGCAAAGAUGAGCGUUUGUGUCCCCACCGGGAGUAAAUCCUCUCCUCCACUUGCUCCAUCCUCUCCUCCCUUCGCCGCCUCGACGUCUGUCUCCCCGUCUGUUUCUCCCAGCCCACCUAAGAUCCACCGGGCCCGCAAGACCAUGAACAGACCCCCGUUUGGGCUGAACACUGGGUCUGGUGAAGUUGCUUCAGCAUCCCAGACCCCGUCAGGAUCGCCCUGCCUCACCUCUGAGCCCGAAAGCUUGGCCUUAAAAAAGAGGAAGCUGGGUCAUGUAUCAGGCAGCAGCUGUGAAAACAUUCCAGAUUAUUCUCCAACUGAGGAGACGUUGUUUCAUAAAAAGGUGGAAACUGCUUUGGCGAAAAGCAAAAGCUGCGUGAGGAAGACCAGGGAUGAAGGAGAACAGAGCCAGAGCUCCACUUCAUCAGCACAAGAUUCUGGAAACUUUCAAAACGGCGUCGAUGCGAGUGAGCGCGCUAAUGACACGGAGGAUCACCGUUUGGAGUCGGAAACACCAAAAACCGUCUUGAAUGAGGGCGAAGAGUCUUCGUGGUUACUGUCAGGUCGAGACAAAAAGAGAAGCUCGGUUGACUUGGUGGAGAUGGAGGACGAAGAACAAGCAGACGAAUACACCGAGGUUCCUUUGGGUGACCUGGACAUCGCAGCUGCCGACAGUCUAACUCUUUCCCCUCCUCCUGAAGGAAGCGACGCCGGCGACACGGAGAGGCUGGAGGAGCUCCCCCUGUGCAGCUGCAGGAUGGAGGCUCCUCGAAUCGACAGCAGCUGCCAGCGCAUCAGCAGACAGUGCAUGGCCACGGAAAGCCUCAACGGAGAGCUGCGGGCGUGCACCAGCUGGACCGUGAAAGGUGAGACCAUGCGACCAUCCAGCCGGGUCUCCCUCAUGGUGCUCUGCGACGUCCAUCGCUCACACAUGGUCAAGCACCACUGUUGCCCAGGGUGUGGCUACUUCUGCAUAGCAGGGACGUUCCUAGAGUGCUGUCCUGACCAGCGCAUCGCCCACCGUUUCCACCGCGGCUGCGUGACCGUGCUGAGCAGCGGGCGCAGCAGAGCCAACGGCGGCGGGAUGAUUUUCUGCCCCCACUGUGGGGAAGAUGCCUCAGAAGCUCAGGAGAUCACCCUCCCCUCCUCCAGCGCCGCCGCAACCUCAGCCGCCACAGUCGUCACCAUGUCCGCCUCCUCCACCACCACGCCAUCGCUGCCCCCGACUGCCCCUUCGGGACCCUCCCUCAACGCCUCCACAGGAGGCACGAAGGACGAGAAGAUGCCGGAAAGACCCGUUAGCGCUCGGAUGCAAAGCCACGGCUUCUUCACGCUGACCGUGGAGCAGCCGCCGCAGUCGGCGCCCGUUGCAGCGACCGUAACCGCCGCCACCACCCCUCCAGGAGAGGAGGGAGUGGACAGCGUGGGGCCGUCGCUCUGCAUGCCGAAUGGGAAGCCGGUCUGCCCGAGCGCACUUCCACCAGGACCCAGCAGGGCGGCGCUGCAGAAAGCGAUCCUAACACAGGACUCAGAGAGGAGGAAGAAGCUGAGGUUUCACCCCCGACAGCUCUAUCCAGCCGCCAAGCAGGGGGAGGGACAACGAGUGCUGCUGAUGCUGAUGGAGGGAAUCGAUCCCACGUACCAGCCGGACUCUCAGAAUCGGCGCUCCGCUCUCCACACAGCAGCUCAAAGAGGUUUACUGGAGAUCUGCUACAUGCUGAUACAGGCUGGAGCUCACGUGGACGCCAAGGACAAGGAAAUGAGGACUCCUCUGCUGGAGGCCGUCAUCAACAACCACAUUGAAGUGGCUCGUUACCUAGUCCAGAAUGGAGCCUGCGUCUAUCACGUUGAGGAUGACGGAUAUACGGGUCUUCACCACGCAGCCAAGCUGGGGAACUUGGAAAUCGUUAACAUGCUUUUGGAGACGGGGCAGGUGGACAUAAACGCACAGGACAACGGAGGCUGGACUCCAAUCAUCUGGGCUGCAGAACACAAACAUGUGGAGGUGAUCAAGGCUCUGCUGAACAGAGGAGCAGACGUCUCCAUCACGGAUAAGGAGAUGAAUGUGUGCCUCCACUGGGCUGCAUAUGCAGGAAGUGUGGAUAUUGCUGAGAUGGUGUUGAACGCCGGCUGCUCGCUGUCCUCCGUUAACGUUCACGGCGACACGCCGCUGCACAUCGCUGCCAGGGAGGGCUACUUGGAAUGUGUCACAUUGUUCCUCAGCAGGGGUGCAGACAUUGACAUCGUGAACAAGGAAGGAGACACGCCCCUCACCCUGGCCCGGACUGACACGCCCGUGUGGGUGUCGCUCCAGAUCAACAGGAAACUACGGCGAGGAAUAACAAACCGUCUUCUCCGGACAGAGAGAAUCAUAUGCCGGGACAUCGCACAAGGCUACGAGAACGUGCCCAUCCCCUGCGUGAACGGCGUGGACGAGGAGGGAUGCCCGUCCGACUACAAAUACGUUUCAGAAAACUGCGAAACGUCUGCGAUGAACAUCGACCGGAACAUCACGCACUUACAGCACUGCAGCUGCACCGACGACUGCUCCUCCAGUAACUGCCUCUGUGGACAGCUCAGCAUCCGCUGCUGGUAUGACAAGGACCAGCGGCUGCUUCAGGAGUUCAACAAAAUCGAACCUCCGCUCAUCUUUGAGUGCAACAUGGCGUGCUCCUGUUACCGCACCUGCAAGAACAGGGUGGUUCAGGCCGGCAUCAAAGUCCGGCUGCAGCUCUACAGGACAGAGAAGAUGGGCUGGGGAGUCCGAGCUCUGCAGGACAUCCCCCAAGGAAGCUUCAUCUGCGAGUACGUUGGAGAGUUGAUUUCUGACGCCGAAGCCGACGUUCGAGAAGACGACUCCUACCUGUUCGACCUGGAUAACAAGGAUGGAGAGGUGUACUGCAUAGAUGCCCGUUACUACGGCAACAUCAGCCGCUUCAUCAACCACCUGUGCGAUCCGAACCUCAUCCCGGUGCGGGUCUUCAUGCUGCACCAGGACCUGCGAUUCCCGCGCAUCGCCUUUUUCAGCUCGCGGGACAUCCUCAGCGGGCAGGAGCUGGGGUUCGACUACGGCGACCGCUUCUGGGACAUCAAGAGCAAGUAUUUCACCUGCCAGUGCGGGUCAGAGAAGUGCAAACACUCGGCCGAAGCCAUCGCCUUGGAGCAAAGCAGGCUGGCUCGGCUGGAAGCCUGCUCGGAGUCGGGGGCCGACUGCGGGAUGGCGAUAGGAAACUUGUGAAAUUCAUUGGUGCAUUCGUCGAUGCAAACACACAGACGGUGAAGGAAAGUUAUGUGCUAGAGUUUUUAUGUUUGGUGCUGUUGGGUUUUUGUCUUGAAAUGUAUUCUGUCAAAGCUGCCACUUUAUCAUUUCGUCAGAAGUAAUCUAUUACAUUUUAUCAAGCUGUUAAAAGGACAUCAGGUGUUUUAGUUUUGGCUUCAGCCUCCAUUGUUUUUCACACAUUUCAUUUUUUUUUUUUUUUUUUCUGUGCCACCAUGAACGUUUUGACAUGGGACCACAUGAGGCCUGAACCAGGACCCCAGUCCUGUUGAGGACCCCAGUUAGGACCUGUGCACUCGCCUAUUGUACUGAAAUGUUACCAUUGUCAUCUUUAUUUUUAUACACAAUGUCGCGUCUCUCUUUUGAGUAAUAAAAAUAUUGAACGUU